AUGAAUUUUGAGGAUGGCACCUCAAACCUGCUCGCGAAAGAGUUUGUCGCCGUCAUUCUCGUCGGCGAGGGCGAUCAGCUUGCACCUCUGACUUCUGGAAAUGGCGAAGCGCCUUCGCCCAAAGCACUCGUGCCGAUCGCGAACAAGCCGAUGAUUGACUAUGUGCUGGCUUGGAUCGAACCGUCCGGCAUCACAGAGGUGCUUGUCGUUUGCCCUACCGCGCAUCGGGCCCAGAUCUCCCAUCAUAUCCAGUCCGGCGCCUCAUCCUCGGGCUAUCCAUCUCUGUCUAUCACCUUCACUACAUACGAACCCGCCGACACAAAUGGCACCUGCGUCGCUUUACUUGCCGCCAAGCCUCGCAUCACCCACGAUUUUGUCUUGUUACCGUGCGACUUUGUACCCCCAUCGGACCUCACACUUCAAGCCAUCCUCGAUGCUUUCCGCGUGGACGUCGCCGUAGAUGGCGCGAUUGCGACGGGCUGCUGGUUCGCGCCAAGUAGACCAGACAAGGGCGCAGUCCCGGACGAAUGGGGCAGUAUGCUCUCACCCAGCACUAUCGUGUGGGACCAGGCGAGCGGGAGUCUAUUGCAUAUCGAUACGGAGGAGGACGCGGAGCGAAAUGGGGACGAUAUAGAGCUGCGCAUGGCGCUCGUCAACAAGUUCCCACGCACACGACUAUCGACUGCACUGCAGGACAGCCAUGUCUACGUGUGCAGGCAUGCGGUGAUCGACGCCCUCGCUCUCAAGCCACAUUUCGAAAGCUUCAACAAGGAGUUCAUCCCGUGGCUAUGCAAGUUACAAUACCAGCGAACGAAGCAGAGGAAGUACGGAUACGUAUUCAAACCGGAUGGCGAGACUACGACGCAGACGCUCGCACUACGACACGCAACGCUCUCGCUCGCGGCGCGUCAUCAGAACGCGGAAUGGGACGGCCAAUCCAACGAUGGUUCACCUAGUGCACCCACCGCCUCUCUUAUGGCUGCAUCAGCACCGUCGUCUCCCAUCGACCAUGAUGACGACGAUGCGCAAGUCAAGCCGAGUUUACGCGUGGGAUUGCGCGUGCACAGAGGCAAUCUUGCCGGACGCGCCAAUACUCUUCCGGCUUUACUCGAGCUGAACCGUCAUUUCCUCGGCCAAACACCAUACGUUCUACCAACGGACCAAAAAGACCGCGCGCUAAUCGACACGAAGGCGCAAAUCGCGUCCGACUCGCUCGUGGGAGAAAGCACCCAAGUUGGCGAGCGUACGUCAGUCAAGCGCUCCGUGGUCGGCCGUCACUGCGUUCUCGCUCGAGGCGCGAAGCUCUCCGGGUGUGUGCUGCUCGAUCACUGCGUUGUCGGCGAGAACGCGAAGCUUGAGAAUUGCAUCUUGGGGGCGGGGACGAAGGUCGGUGCUAAGGCGGAUAUGAAGGGUGUCGUGACACAGACAGGGUAUGAGGUCGGUGCUGGAGAGCAGGCGAGGCACGAGAAGCUCGAGGCUUCUCAUUGGGCUGCUGGGGACAGUGACGAUGACGAGGAAGACGAGGAGAGCGAAGAUGGCAGCGAUGAAGACGCUGGAGAAGAUGACGAGGAUGAUGACGAGGAUAGUGACGACUAG